GCUAGAGCACCCGUUUAGUAAGCGGGAGGUCUUGAGUUCGACUCUCAAUGAAAGCAAUUUGCCUCCUUUUUGGCUAUUCCCUUUUUUAUGGGAUUUCCUUCGUUGACAAAUUCGCUACACUCUCGCGGUUGUCGGCGUUCGCAACCGCCAUCAGAGUUCUAAAAUUAAAACCCUAAAACCCAAUUUCUCGUUAAACCAAAUCCCUAAUUCACCCGCUUUCUCCUUUCCCGCUCCUCAGCGGAGGCGAUGGCGGAGCCACCGGAGUCGAGUCUCGCGACUGUUACCUCAAGAUCUACGCUGUUAAAAAGCCCGACAAAGUCGACCCGAAUGAGCAAAGGUUCGGUAAGUGACUCAAUUGCGCUUUAUCCAAUGACCCCUUAAGAGAACCUUGCGUCAUUGAUAAACUAGGCAAUAUUUUUAACAAGGAAGCUCUUGUUCAAGCCCUAAUUCACCCGCUUUCUCCUUUCCCGCUCCUCGGCGGAGGCGAUGGCGGAGCCACCGGAGUCGAGUCUCGCGACUGUUACCUCAAUAUGUACGCUGUUAAAAAGCCCGACAAAGUCGACCCGAAUGAGCAAAGGUUCGGUAAGUGACUCAAUUGCGCUUUAUCCAAUGACCCCUUAAGAGAACCUUGCGUCAUUGAUAAACUAGGCAAUAUUUUUAACAAGGAAGCUCUUGUUCAAGCUUUGUUGGGCAAGAAGUUUCCUAAUUCACCCGCUUUCUCCUUUCCCGCUCCUCGGCGGAGGCGAUGGCGGAGCCACCGGAGUCGAGUCUCGCGACUGUUACCUCAAGAUCUACGCUGUUAAAAAGCCCGACAAAGUCGACCCGAAUGAGCAAAGGUUCGGUAAGUGACUCAAUUGCGCUUUAUCCAAUGACCCCUUAAGAGAACCUUGCGUCAUUGAUAAACUAGGCAAUAUUUUUAACAAGGAAGCUCUUGUUCAAGCCCUAAUUCACCCGCUUUCUCCUUUCCCGCUCCUCGGCGGAGGCGAUGGCGGAGCCACCGGAGUCGAGUCUCGCGACUGUUACCUCAAUAUGUACGCUGUUAAAAAGCCCGACAAAGUCGACCCGAAUGAGCAAAGGUUCGAACUGCGGGCAUGUGGUUAGUGCUAAGGCUUUGAAAGAGGUGAAGUCAUCAGCUUGCUUGGUUUGCCAUAAGGAGUUUGUGGAGUCUGAUAAGGUGGUGAUUAAUGGGAGUGAGGCGGAGGUAGCUGCUUUGAGGGAGAUGAUGAAGGAAGAGAAGGCAAAAACGGUGAAGGGGAAGAAGAACGAGGGAUGGAUGUUCUGGAUGGGGAGAAGGGUUUUAAGGGAUUGAGUAAUGGUGAGAUCAAGAAGUUUAGAGCUGCGGAUGCGGCACAGGCUCAUGCUACUAAGGAAGUAUAUGCUUUGAUAUUAACUUCUUCGAAGAAGUCAGAUUUAAGGAAACUUUUACGCGCAGAUCACUCCCAUUCGGUCGAAACUGAUGAUAGGCUGGUAUUAUUCUCUCUUCUAUGCUAGUUCAUGAAGGGAGAAUAUUGAUGUUGUUUGAGUAGUAUUUUUUAGGUUCUUAUAUGUAUGUGUGUAUAUGUAUUGAAACUAAAUUUAGAUAUACUUGUUUAACCUAAUUUUAGCGGGUAUGUAAUUUCGAUUGAUUGUGUAGUGUAUUUUGGUAGACAACGUUGAAUUUGGGCUUUGGUCCUCAAACAUGGAGGAAAAGAGGAAUGGGUGUUGGACAUCGGGAGAAGGGCUUUAAAGGAUUGAAUAAUGGUGGGAUGAAGAAGUUUAGAGCUGUGGAUAUGGUGCCAGCUAAUGCUACUUAGGAAGUUUAUUCUUCCAUAUUUUACUACUUAGAAGAAGUCGGAUUUUAAGGGAACUCUUACGUGUAGAUCACUCCGCUGGGUUGAGACUGAUGGAAUGGUAUGAUUCUAUUCCAAAUUUUUGGGUUCUUAUACAUGUUGAAAUUGAAUUGUAAUAUACUUGUAUGAACCUAAUUUUAGUACAUGUGUAAAUUCAAUUGAUUAUGAAGUGCAUAA